ACAGCGCAGCCCAACCUCUAAACUCCCUGAGUAAAGGUAGGACAGGGAGAGGAAGCAAGAAGAACAGAGCUCCACAGUUUUCCCACACUUUGACACAAUAUCACACAACACGUACUUAGACACACACUUUUGGACUUUUUACCCAUCUGUGGACUCCAGAAGCUUCUUCUUGGAAUCCAUCUCAUCUGUGCCCUCCCCUGUGUCCUCCCCUCCACACCUUACAGACCCUCGCUCCUUCAGGGCAGAUGGCCGCAGCGUGGGCCUCUCUCGGGGGCGCCUUCGGCUGUGCCCUGCUGACCCUGGUCCUGGGGAGCAGCAGCAUGGACUUCGGGGUGUCCCCGGCGAGCUUCUACCCCCGCUUUAACCCAUUUUUCUUCCUGUGCACUCAUCACGGGGAAUUGGACGGAGUUGGGGUUGCUGAAGGUGGAGGAGAAGUGCUGCUCACACUCCAGAUAACGGGCAACCCCACUGCCUACACCCCAGGACAGGAAUAUCAAGUAACCAUCUCUACCAGCGUCUCCUUUGAUGGUCUGUUGGUGACCGGCCUCUACACCUCCACACCCGUCCAGUCGGCUCCCAUUCCUGCGCCAGUUGCCUUUGGCUUCGGUGUGAUACCAGAGCGUCAGUUCAGUGGCACCCAGUAUGUCUGCAGUGUGGUGGCAUCCCAUGUGAGCCACCAGUCCUCCACCAGCUUCAGCUUCGUCUGGAUCGCCCCACCUCCUGGAACUGGCUGCGUCAACUUCUUAGCGACAGCGACACAUCGAGGACAGAUCCUCUUCAAGGAUGCUCUGGCCCAGCAGCUCUGCGAACAGGGCGCUCCAACAGAGUCCCCACUGAGGCCAAGUCUUUUGGAGUUACAUGCCAACCAUGCUGUGCUACGUGAUGACUUUGAUUCUAACCAGGAAGGGGAGCUGGACCCCACCAUCUGGUCGGAGUGCACUAACUGUGAGACGGGGGAGCAGUGUGGCGUUCUGAUGCACGGCAGGGCGAUCACUUUCUGUGAGCCCGUUGGAGAGCGAGAGCUGACCACUGUCCCUCUGAACACCAGCACAGCAUCUGUCCUCCAGUUCGCCCUGGGUUCAGGCUCCUGUCGAUUCAGUUACUCUGACCCCGGCAUCACUGUGUCAUACAGCCUCGGUGGAAAUGCUAACAACUCUGACUGGAUCACACUUGAGAAGAUCAGAGCUCCUACCAACAGCAGCACCUUCAUCCACCUGGUCCCCAUGCCAGUACAUUCCAGGGCUGAAAAUGUUCGCCUCCGAUGGUCUCAGGGGGCUCCUCAAGGUCCAGAAGGUUACGAGUCCUGCUGGGGUCUGGAUAAUGUUUUGCUGGUCAAUGCCGCCCAUAAAGCUCCCCUCAUGGAGGACAACUUGGAUCCUCCAGACACUGCCAACUGGCUAUUCUUUCCUGGUGCUACUGUCAAGCAUGCUUGCCAGUCUGAGGGAAACUCUCUGUAUUUCCAUGGGGGUGAAGGCGUUGGCCACAGCUUUGCGUCCAGUCGAGACAUCGACCUGCACCGGGAGGAGGGAAGGAGCUACUGGGAAGAGGACUUUGAGAGUCCACCAUCAAACUGGGACAUACAGGGAGCGGUUUACGGCAGCCAUUGCGGCGAGAUCGAGUCGGGCUCCUCGCUGGUGUUCGAGAGCGAGGGCCGCAGGCGGGUGUGCACGCCCUACAUUGACACCACAUCUUUCGGGAACCUUCGCUUCCACUUUUCUAUGGGCGGCGGUGAAUGUGACCCGGGAGAGUCACAUGAUCACGAUGUCAUUCUGUUCGGAAGGUCUGAAGGCAGGAGGGAACGUGUGGUGCUCGACACUCUUCCCUAUUCCUCCUACAGGACGCCCGCCGUGGUUUCAGUGGCCUUGCCCAGCGAGCUGCAAACGCCGGUCACCCAGUUUUGCAUGGAGCAGCACUCUCACGGGGGUGCCAAGCGCCACGUGUGGGCUGUGGACUUCAUGCAGCUGCUCCCGGUGCUGCCUGGCACGCACACACACGUGGUCCAGUUCUCCAUCAACCUGGGCUGCGGCUCCUACCAGCCUGCCAACAGUGUCAGUCUGGAGUUCUCCACCAAUCACGGUCGUUCCUGGUCUCUGCUCCACACCGAGUGUCUGCCAGAGCUUUGUGCGGGUCCUCACUUGCCUCACAGCACCAUCUACUCCUCUGACAACUACAGCGGAUGGACCAGGAUUUCCAUCCCCUUGCCCAACGUGGCCCUCACAGAAAGCACACGCUUCCGCUGGAAACAGUCUGGCAGUGGCGUGGGCAACAUGUGGGCCAUUGAUAAUGUAUACAUUGGUCCGUCCUGCCUCCGAUUCUGCUCUGGGAGAGGACAUUGUUCCCGCACAGGCUGCAAGUGUGACCCAGGCUUCAGCGGUCCAGCUUGUGAGCUGGCUUCCCAGACAUUCCCGGCCUUCCUUUCCGAGGGUUUCUCCAGCCCGCGACUUUCUUCCUACCACAGCUUCUCGUCCCUCCGCGGAGCUGAGGUCAGCUUCGCCUGUGGGGUUCUGGCCAGUGGCAAGGCGCUUGUCUUCAACAGGGACAGCAGGAGACACCUGGUCACAGCUCCGUUGGACAGCUCCCAGGCCAGGUACCUCCAGUUCACCCUCCGACUGGGCAGCCGAAGCACCCUGAGCUCCUGUCCUGCUCCUGACCAACCAGGAGAGGGUGUCUUACUGCAUUAUUCCACUGACAACGGCAUUACCUGGACUUUGCUGCAGCACUAUGCUUACCAAGGCUUCCACGAGCCCAGGAUCGUGUCUGUCGAGCUACCGUCUGCCGCGCGAAAGUUUGGCGUGCAGUUCCGCUGGUGGCAGCCGUACCAUUCGGGGCGCGGCCAGGACGUUUGGGCCCUGGAUGAGAUCAGCAUGACGUCUGUGCUUUUCAACACCAUAAGUCUGGACUUCAGCAACGUGCUGGAUGUCACUCAGAGUCUUGGCUUUUUCCUCGGCCACGUUCAGCCCUACUGCCAGCACGACUGGACCCUCAGUUUCUCUGGUGAGCCGAGCCCUGGCUCGAGUAUUCGUUACGUGGAGACUCAGUCGAUGCAGAUCGGCGCCUCCUACAGUCUGCAGUUCUCGCUGGUUAUGGGUUGUGGUCGGGAGUCGUCCCCUCAUAUCGACACUCAAGUCCGCCUGGAGUUCUCCACCAAUCACGGCCUCACUUGGCACCUGGUCAAAGAGGCCUGUCUUCCUGGCAUGCCGAGCUGCUCGGAGUUCACAGCUCCCAGCGUCUACCACCCAUCAGAGUUUGGAAACUGGAGACGCAUCACUCUGUCGCUGCCUCAGAAGACAUGGUCCAGUGCCACAAGGUUCCGAUGGAUCCAGAACUACUAUGGAGAGCAGGACGAGUGGGCCCUGGAUGACAUUUACAUCGGCCAGCAAUGUCCUAAUAUGUGCCAUGGACACGGAUGGUGCGACCAUGGACACUGCAGGUGUGACGACGGCUUCUCCGGAACAGACUGCCUGCCCGCCUCCCCCCUUUCUUCCAGUGUGCUAUCGGACUUUGAGUCCCAGGAUGCGCUGCUGGCCACAUGGCAGGAAGUGAUCGGCGGAGAGGUGGUCAGCCCUGACGUGGGCUGCGGGGUGGUGUCGUCUGGUUCAUCCCUCUACUUCAGCAAGGCUGGCCUGCGGCAGCUGGUGAGUUGGGACCUGGACACGGAAUGGGCGGAGUUUGUCCAGUUUUACCUGCGCGUGGGAGGAGACUGGGCCGACUGUAACCAGGCGGACAGCAGGGAAGAAGGAGUGCUGCUGCAGUACAGCAAUGAUGGAGGCAUCACCUGGGGCCUCAUCGCUGAAAUGUACUUCACCGAUUUCACCAAACCUCGGUUUGUCCACUAUGAGCUUCCUUUGGUCUCGAAGACCCCCUGCACCAGAUUUCGCUGGUGGCAGCCACUUCACUCCGGAGAUGGCUAUGACCAGUGGGCUAUUGAUGAUGUCAUCAUUCUGUCUGAGAGGGAGAAGCACAUCAUUCCCAUGGCCAACCCCACUCUGCCACAGAACUUCUAUGAGAAGCCAGCUUUCGACUACCCGCUGAACCAGAUGAGUGUGUGGCUGAUGCUCGGCAAUGAAGGCAUGGAGAGGGACACCAACAACAGCUUCUGUGCCCCAACGGCUUCUUCCAUGGUGUUUGGGCGCUCUGACGGGGACAGGGUGGCGGUCACCAGGGAUCUUGCAUUGCGUCCUGGAUACACUCUCCAGUUUAAGUUGAACAUCGGCUGCGAGUCAGAGUUCAGUGCAUCCGCCCCGGUGUUGCUGCAGUACUCUCAUGACGCUGGUCGCACCUGGGCUUUGGUGAGGGAGGGCUGUUACCCUGGAAGUCCAGGAGCGGGCAACUGCGAAGGCAGCGGUCGUGAGCUGCGGGAACCCAGCAUAUACAACACUGGCGAUUAUGAAGAGUGGACCCGGGUCACUGUGGUCAUUCCACGCAAUGUUGCAGCCAGCAAAACUCGGUUCCGCUGGUUCCAGGAGAGCAGCAUUUACAGAGAUGCCCCACCUUUUGCGUUGGACGGCGUGUACAUCUCCGAGCCUUGCCCGAACCACUGCGGCGGGCAUGGAGAUUGCAUCUCCGGAGUCUGCUUCUGUGACAUGGGAUACACAGUGGAGCAGGACAGCUGUGUACCCUCUGUGGCCACGCCCACUGAGCUGACGGAGGGCUUUGAGGGCAAGUUAAGUCCACUCUGGCAGGGCUUGAGUGGAGGACAAAUAGGAGGUGGGUGUGGCAUCAUCAGCGAAGGCAAGGCACUUUACUUCAGUAGUCCUGGAUGGAGGGAGGCCCGCACCGUGCCCCUCGACACCACCAACACUCGGUUGGUACAAUUCUACAUUCGAAUCGGCAGCAAAAGCUUGGGACCCACUUGCACCAGACCCCGCUCCCGCAAUGAAGGUGUCCUCGUGCAGUUCUCCACCAACAACGGAGUCCAGUGGCAGUUCCUGCGGGAGUUGGACUUCAGCUCCUUCCUGGAGUCCCAAGUGGUGACCAUCGAGCUGCCACCUCAUGCCAAAUCCCCUUACACCGUCUUUCGAUGGUGGCAGCCUCAACAAGGGAAACACUCAGCCCAGUGGGCUCUGGAUGAUGUCCUAAUUGGUAUGAAUGACAGCUCCAGAACUGGUUUCCAUGACAAGUUUGAUGGCACAACGCCUCUGAGGCACAACUGGUACCGCAUUCAGGGCGGGGAGGUGACCGUGGACUGUCUGUCCCUGGACACUGUCCUGACCUUCAACUCCGAGGCCAUCGAUAAGAAGCCGAGGUAUGCGGAGAGCUGGGACUUCGAGGUGUCGGGCUCGUCCUUCUUGCAGUUUGAACUGAGUAUGGGAUGCAGCAAGUCCACUUCCUUCUCCCACGGCGUGCGGCUGGAGUACUCCGUGGACUGCGGGCGCCGCUGGUCCCUCAUCACCCCAGAGUGUGUCCCCCCAGCCAUCGGUUGUGCUGCUUAUACUCAGAGCUCCAUCUAUACGUCCACCCAGUACAAACACUGGAGGAGGAUCACUGUGUACCUGCCAAGCUCUGCUAAUUCUCCAAGAACUCGAUUCCGCUGGAUCCAAACACAUUUCACACCAGGGGCUGAGGGCUGGGCUCUGGACAACGUUUUACUGGCUCCUGGUUGCCCGUGGAUGUGCUCCGGUCACGGCCUGUGUGACAACGGACGCUGCGUGUGUGAUAAAGGUUACGAGGGUGCACACUGCGUGCCUUCCGCACCUCUCCCGUCCAUACUGAGGGAGGACUUCAAUGAGCACCUGCAGCAGGACACGUGGCCUGAGGUUUAUGGAGCUGAAAGGGGGACAAUGAAUGGAGAGCCUCUUAAAUCUGGAACUGCCCUCAUAUUUAAAGGGGACGGCUUGCGUAUGAUUGUGUCGAGAGAUCUGGAUUGUACAAACACUGUCUACAUUCAGUUUUCCUUCAAGUUCAUUACAAAAGGUGUGCCUGAGCGCUCCCACUCAGUGCUGCUCCAGUAUUCCGUGAACGGGGGAAUCAGCUGGCUACUUUUGGAUGAGUUUUACUUCCCGGCUUCCACGGACACUCUGUUCCUCCACCUGCCACUGCCUGCCAGCGCUCAGACCAACGCCACCCGCUUCAGACUAUGGCAACCGUACAACAGUGGUAAGAAGGAAGAGGUGUGGGUGAUUGACGACCUCAUCAUGGAUGGCAGCUCCUCACACAACCCCCCGGUGGUUGUGGACAGCUUUGACGAGGGCCCCAAUGAGUCCAACUGGCUCUUCUACCCGGCGGGCAACACGGGCCUGUACUGCCCCUACCAGAAGACCGGCUUAGAGGAGGAUGAGUCAGCCAUGGUGUUUGUCUCCAGCGAGCUGGGGGAGCACUCCAUCACCACCAGGGACAUUGACGUCAAUGAGAACACCAUCAUCCAGUUUGAAAUAAAUGUCGGCUGCACAGCUGAAAGCUCCUCGGCCUACCCGGUGCGCCUGGAGUUCUCGCGGGACUUCGGCGCCACCUGGCACCUGCUGGUGCCCUUGUGUGCCGGUGGGCCGCACCCAUCUUCUCUCUGCUCCACCGAGCUCCACCCUGCCAGUGUCUACUUCCCUGGCACCACGCAGGGCUGGAGGAGAGAGGUCAUACACUUUGGCAAGCUGCGUCUCUGCGGGUCUGUGAGGUUCCGUUGGUAUCAGGGCUUCUUCUCAACUGGAUCCGCCCCUCCAACAUGGGCGCUAGACAACGUUUACAUCGGCCCUCAGUGUCAAGACAUGUGCAGCGGCCAUGGAGCCUGUAUGGGGGGCACCCACUGUGUGUGUGACCCUGCCUACUCUGGAAGUGACUGCUCUGUGCCGGACACCCCCAACCCUGACUUCCUCAAAGAGGACUUUGAAGGAGGAGCAGUGGAUGUUGACCUCUUUAGACAGCUGAGUGGUGGUAAACCAUCCAGAAAAUGUGGCAUCAUGUCCAGUGGGAACCACCUGUUCUUCAGUGAGGAUGGACUGCGCAUGUUGGUCACUAGUGACCUGGACUUGUCCAAUGCCAGGUUUGUUCAAUUCUUCCUGCGCCUUGGCUGCGGUAAGGCAGCACCGGACCCUCGCUCCCAGCCCGUUUUGCUGCAGUACUCUCUGAACGGAGGUCUGACAUGGGGUCUCCUCCAGGAAUUUCUCUUCAGCAACAGCAGUAACCAAGCUCGUCUGGUAGCCCUGGAGAUCCCACUGCGCGCCCGCACGGCUGCGACUCGCCUCCGCUGGUGGCAGCCUUCUGAGAAUGGACAGUUUUACAGCCCGUGGGUGAUUGACCAGGUGGUGGUGGGUGGCAGUGCCAGUGGCUGGGGACCUCUGGAAGAUGACUUCUCAUCAAUCGAUGGACGCUCAUGGCUCCUCCACCCGGGAGGAACCCGAAUGCCGGUUUGUGGCUCGGACGGACCCGCUUUUGCUUUCAUCGAAAAGUCCAGCACUCGCUACGCGGUCAGCACUGACAUCAGUUUGGGUCCCGACGCCUUCAUCCAGUUUGACUUUUCCGCUUCCUGUUCAGUGACCAACUCCUGUUACUCUGUGGAGCUGGAGUUCUCUCUGGAUUUAGGUCUGACAUGGCAGCCGGUGGUGAGAGACUGUUUACCCACAAGCCCCGACUGUUCCUCCUACACGCUGCAGAGGCUGCUCAUUUCUGACACCUACAAUAAGUGGGGGCGUGUGACUCUGCCUAUCCCGUUGUAUGCAAGAUCUCCUGCCACAAGGUUCCGCUGGUUCCAACAGGCUCCUUUUGACAAGCAGCAGACCUGGGCUCUAGACAACCUCUACAUCGGAGACGGAUGUCCAGAUGUGUGUUCUGGUCAUGGACGCUGCCAGCAAAGCUCCUGUGUGUGUGAUCCAGACUGGGGUGGGGAGUAUUGUGAGGAGCCAGUGUCUCCACUGCCCUCCCAACUGAAGGACAGCUUCAGCCGGCCUCCCUCUCUCAGCCACUGGCACACCCUGACUGGUGGUAAGCUCAGCAGCGUGUGCGGGGCUGUGGCCUCGGGAGCUGCUCUGCACUUCAGCGGCAGUUGUAGCCGUCAGUUGGUGACAGUGGACCUCAACCUGACCGACGCAGAGUUCAUCCAGUUCUACUUCAUGUACGGCUGCAUGAUCCCACCUAGCAACCGUAACCAGGGCGUGCUCCUGGAGUUCAGCUUGAACGGAGGGAUUCACUGGCGUCUGCUGACUGAGAUCUUCUAUGAUCUGUACACCAAGCCUGGGUUUGUUAAUGUUCUGCUACCCCCUGCUGCUCGCCAAGAAGGAGUGCGUGUGCGCUGGUGGCAGCCUCAGCACGAUGGCGUCGACCACAGUGACUGGGCUCUUGACAAUGUCCUCAUCGCCGGUUCCGACACGCGUGCGCAGAUUUCCGACACAUUUGGCGGCCUGGCCCUGCCCAACCACGAGAGAGCUGCGGCCGAUGAGACCUCCGGACCGAUGAGUGACUUGAGUGAGCACGAGGAGGCCCCGAUAGUCAGCGAUCAUUGGUUGUUCUCCGAGGACUGCUCAGUGCAGCGUUUCUGCAGCUCGCCUGACGGAGGGAUGGUGUGUGGCGGCGCCGAUGGGAGAGAGGUCUACGCCGUCACGCAUGACAUCAUCCCAGAGAAGGGCUGGGUCAUGCAGUUUAAGAUCGCAGUCGGCUGUGUCGUGCCCGACCGCCCUGCCGACAGACAAGUCCACGUCCAGUACUCUGCAGACUUUGGUGUGACGUGGAAGUACCUGGUUCCUCAGUGUCUACCUGCUGAUCCCCGCUGUGGAGGUCAGGUCUCCCAGCCAUCAGUCUUCUUCCCGGCGGAUGGCUGGAAGCGGGCCGUCUAUCCCCUGCCUGACGGCCUGGCUGGCACUGCGGUGCGCUUCAGGUUUUACCAGCAGCACUCGGACGUCCAGUGGGGUGUUGGGAACUUUUAUGUCGGGCCGGCCUGUGAGGGCCACUGUGGGGGACAUGGCGACUGUUUGGAUCAACGCUGCCUUUGUGACCCGGGAUUCACGGGACAAAACUGCCAUGCCAGUUCUGCUCUAAAGGCGUCAUUGAAAGAACGUUUUGACUGGGAAGGAGCUGCUGGCCCACAGUGGCAGGUUCUGGAAGGCGGCCGGCCCUGCACAGACUGUGGCGUGCUGGUAGAAGGUACCGCCCUGUAUUUUGGGGGCGCUGAUGCCAGGCAAGCUGUCACUGCUGAUAUGGACCUGCGUGGAGCCAAGUUUGUGGAGUACUGGGCCAGGAUUGGAAGCGAAAACAACAUGUCCAUGUGCCACCGUCCCACAUGUCGGAAAGAAGGAGUGCUCCUGGACUACUCUACUGAUGGAGGUGUGUCGUGGAUCCUGUUGCAUGAGAUGGACUAUCUGAAGUAUGUCUCUGUGAGGAGAGAUUACAUUGUCCUGCCAGAGGGCGCUCUGACCAACGCCACGCGUCUACGCUGGUGGCAGCCCUUCACCAUUUCCUCCGGCCUGGCCUCCCCCAGCCUGGAACGAGCCCAGUGGGCUGUAGACAACAUUUUAGUCGGAGGGUCAGACAUUAACCCAUCAACCCUGCUUGACACGUUUGAUGACGAGGGUGUUUCUCAUGAGGAAAGCUGGAGCUUCUACCCGAACGCUGUGAGAACUGCCGGCUUCUGUGGAAACCCCUCCUUCCACCUCUACUGGCCCAACAAGAACCAGGACGGGACACACAACAUCCUGGCCACUCGAGAACUCAUCGUGCAACCAGGAUAUAUUUUACAGUUCAAGAUAGUUGUGGGGUGUGAGGCAGACACCUGUGAGGACCACCAUUCUGUCCUGCUGCAGUUCAGGAAGGAUGCAAGGUCUGACUCCUGGCAGUUGGUACAGUCUGAGUGCUUCCCCUCCUCCGUCAACAACGUGGGCUGCUCGCCUUUCCAGUUCCACGAGUCCACCAUCUUCAGUCCUGUCAACAGUUCAACGUGGACCAGGGUCACUGUCCAACUCCCUGACCACGUCUCCUCGGGGGCGACGCAGUUCCGCUGGAUUCAAGAGGAGGGGACGGGUGAGCGACAGAGCUGGGGAGUGGACCAUGUCUACAUUGGAGAGGCCUGCCCGGGACUCUGCAGUGGACAUGGCUACUGCACCAGUGGGGUGGUCUGCAUCUGUGACGAGGGAUACCACGGUGACGACUGCUCGCUGUCCAGCAGCGACCUGCCCAGCUUCAUCAAGGACAACUUUGAGUCGGGAAGUGUCUCCGAGGAGAGCUGGCAGCUGGUCCAGGGCGGAGGCGUGGGCAGCGGCUGUGGACAGUUGUCCCCACACGCCCACGGAGACUCGCUCUAUUUCAACGGCUGUAAGAUGAGGCAGGCUGUUACCAAACCGCUGGACCUCACCCGAGCUAGUAAGAUCAUGUUUGUGCUGCAGAUUGGCAGCGUGGCACAGACUGGUAGUUGCAACAUAGCUCUGGAUCGGGCCGACACGGUGGACCGAGCCGUGCUGUUGCAAUACAGCGUCAACAAUGGAGUCCGCUGGCACGUCAUUGCCCAGCAUCAGCCCAAAGACUUCAUAAAAGCCCAGAGGGUCUCCUACAAUAUUCCACUAGAGGCGAGGGUCAAAGGUGUGAUGCUGCGGUGGUGGCAGCCGCGCCACGACGGCGUGGGACACGACCAGUGGGCGUUGGAUCAUGUGGAAGUAGUUCUCACACGCAAACAAAACUACAUGAUGAACUUUGCCAGGCAAACGGGCGCUCGCCGCCACUACAGCCGCAAACGCCGAGCCCUGCCGCAGCGUGCCUGAGCCUCCGGAGACAGGAUUCGCCUUUUUUUUCCCCCCCCGAAGCCGCCAUUCACCUUCAUCCCUCGUUUCACCAAAUCGCUUCAGUCCGAUCCAACGGCGGGAAUGAAACUGUUUGUUCCGGCCAGGGUUUGUCAUUGUUUGCUGAAAAGUGUUCCUCUUCCCCCUGCCGAUACCGCCUCCACGCCCCCGCCCCCUCUUUUCCAACCACACUGUGAAAGUGAGAGUUAAAAUAUCACGGAGGAAGGAGACCCGCCUCCCAAUCCCGCUGAGCCGUCAACGGAGGGAUCGUGGCUCCCAGGACCAGGAUACUGACUACGAAGAGGAAAAAAGUCAAAAAAUAUAAUACUGUGUGUCUUGGUGUUCUUGUGUUUUGUGGCUUCUUUUUGUGCUGAAUUGACUGUGGUGUUUGUUUGUUUUCUACUCAUUCACACGCCAGCCAACAGGCUGAGAGGGCGUCUUCCCCCCCCCCGAUGGUCUCACAGGUGCGGGCAGCGUGGGGAAGAUUCUCGGGAUGGGCAAUGUAUAAACCGCUGUUUUUAAGUUAAUUUUUAAAACAAGAAAUCAUUUUAUAUAUGUUGGCUCCCGACAAAUAGAGAUAUUUAUGGUAAAUGGCUCUUCACGUGACCUAUUUAAGAUGCACCGUGCGUGAACUGUGUGUUCUUUUCCCAGUGUUAAGUUAUUCUGCCGCAUCAUCUUCUCUUGUGCUGUCCCCCCUUUCCUCUGCUGAGUACUGAAACAUGGCGGCCAGGUUCUCUACGUGUUGUUUUCUGCAGUCUGUGUACCAUGGACCCUCAGUGUAACUCCGGUAUAGCAAACUCUGUGUGUAGAUCCACCACGGGCCACCCAGCAGCCUUAGAAAAGGGAAAUAAAGAACUGCCCAAACCUCA